CAUGUAAAAGACUGGAUUCCAGCUGACAGCCUUAGAGGAUAUGCCUGUGAUCUCACACUGGAUCCAAACACAGUGAACAGAAGACUCCGUCUGUCUGAGGACAACAGGAAGGUGAUGUGGGUGAGAGAGCAGCAGUCGUAUCCUGAUCACAAAGGCAGAUUUGACGGGUGGCCUCAGGUUCUGUGUAGAGAAGGUCUGACUGGGCGAUGUUACUGGGAGGUCCAGUGGAGUGGAGUGGUUUAUAUAGCAGUGACUUACAGAGGAAUCAGAAGAAGUGGUGAUGACUCUGGGCUUGGAAACAAUAAACAGUCCUGGAGUCUGGAGUGCCAUGAUGACAGAUACUCUUCCAGACACAACAGGAAGUCCACCAACAUCUCUGUCCGUCCCCGUGGAUCUGACAGAGUAGCAGUGUAUCUGGACUACUCUGCUGGAAAUCUGUCCUUCUACAGAGUCUCUUCUGACAGACUGAGACUCCUCCACACCUUCAGCUCCACCUUCACUGAGCCGCUCCACCCUGCAUUUUAUUUGUGGUCAUAUGGUUCUUCUAUUGUGGUUGAGCUGCCAGUGUCUCAGAAACAAACACUGACCUGAAAGUGUUUCAGAACAUGUUUGGCUGAUUUGUGGUUUA